UCUGGCCUCUGCUCUGCCACUGCUAUAAUAGUGUAAACACUGUAAAUACGACGAAUUAGAUCAAUACAUUUUGCUCCAAAAAAAAGUUUAGCACAAAAUAAACUAAAUAAGUAUUGCAUACAGUUAUGAGUGAUAUAAUCGACAUCGGGUUUGCCGAAGAAUGCGAAUCGUGGAGGCUGGCAAGUCGAUUUUUUCCAAGUAAAAUAGGCGGUAAACCGGCAUGGCUGGACUUGAAAAAUAUACCAGACGCAACACAACUUGCUUGUGAAUAUUGCGGGAAUCCUUGUAUGUUUUUGUGCCAAGUUUAUGCACCAUAUGAAGAAGAUGAUAAGGCUUUUCACAGAACACUGUACGUGUUCAUUUGUAAAAAUGCAGACUGUUGUAAAGAAAACUGCAAUGGUAACAUUAAAGUUUUGCGAUCACAAUUGAAGCGAGUCAAUGAAUUUUAUCCUCCAGAUCCUCCCAUAGAGGAGAAGGAUUGGAGAACCGAUAUAUGUACAGAAAAGUGGUCAAAAACAUGUAGCAUUUGUGGUAUAUUUUCGUCUAGUCAUUGUGCAAAGUGUAAACAAGUCAAUUACUGCUGUCGAUUGCAUCAAGUCUGGGAUUGGAAGAAUAGUCACAAAAACUUGUGUGGCAAGGAACAGUCUUCAGAGAACGAAAAAUUUCUGUUCCCACAGUUUGAGCUUGUAACUGAAAAAGAAGAGUAUAACCCAUCGAAUGAGGAUUCUGUCACCGCAGAAGAGGAACUUCAAAAGUUCGAAGAACUAGUAAAAACUGGACAGGCAGGUACUCUUCAGUCAGAAAAAGAUAUUGAUGAUGAUUUGCUGAAAAUGGCAAGUGACAUUGAAGACAAAACAUUCUCUAAAUUUAGAAAAAGAAUAAAAGGUGAACCGGAACAAGUCUUGAGGUAUAACAGAGGAGGCAGUCCAUUGUUUAUUUCAUCAAGUCAUCAGCCUGAAAGCAUCCCAAAGUGUGAAGAGUGUGGAGGUGACAGACAGUUUGAGUUUCAAAUAAUGCCACAGCUUUUAGUUUAUUUGAAAGUAGAUAAUAUUUUGGAAAGCAUUGAUUGGGGAAUUAUGGCAAUCUAUACUUGCAAAAAUUCUUGUACACCUAAAACUAAAUAUGUGCAAGAAUAUGUAUGGAAGCAGGAUAUUAUAAAGGAAAAUUCAAUAGAUUCACCAAAUGCAGACCAAUAAAAUUGUUUAUAAAAAAA